AUGAUGAGCACGAAGAGCGCGAAAACGGAGAAAAAAGGGACAAUUUUGAUGCAUAAUUAUGAGAUUGGUAAAUUGUUAGGCCAAGGCACAUUUGCCAAAGUAUAUCAUGCAAGGAACCUAAAAACAGGACAAUAUGUAGCUGUUAAGGUAAUUGACAAAGAAAAAGUUGUGAAAGUUGGCCUAAUUGACCAAAUCAAACGUGAAAUUUCUGUUAUGAGACUAAUUAGACAUCCAAAUGUUAUUGAACUUUAUGAAGAAAUGGCUAGCAAAACAAAAAAUUAUUUUGCAAUGGAAUAUGUUAGAGGUGGUGAAUUCUUCAAUAAGGUUUCUAAAGGGAGGCUUAGGGAAUCAGCAGCGCGAAAAUACUUUCACCAAUUAAUCGCGUCUGUUGAUUUCUGUCAUAGUCGAGGGGUAUAUCAUAAGGACUUGAAACCUGAAAACAUACUCCUGGAUGAAACUGGAAACCUAAAGGUUUCUGAUUUUGGGUUGAGUUGUCUUUUCGAUACGAAAAGACAAGAUGGACUCCUCCACACGAUGUGUGGAACUCCAGCAUAUGUCGCGCCAGAGGUCAUAAAUAAGAGAGGAUAUGAUAGCGAAAAGGCGGAUAUUUGGUCAUGUGGGGUGAUUUUGUUUGUAUUGUUAGCUGGUUAUCUUCCAUUUCAUGACACAAAUUUAAUGGAAAUGUAUAAGAAAAUUAGUAAAGGGAUAUUUAAAUGCCCUGAAUAUUUUCCAUAUGAAGUGAAAAAACUACUUUCAAGAAUUCUUGAUCCAAAUCCAUUUUCAAGAAUCACAUUAGCUAAGCUAAUGGACAAUAAUUGGUUCAAGAAAGGAUUCAAACAAAUUGAUAAACCACUAGUUUUGGAUCAAGAACACGACGAUGAUUCACCUCGUAGUGUUUUUGAUAUUGUGGAUGAUUCGGAUGCAGAGUGUUCUUCAAGACACAAAAAACAGAGUUCAUCAACAAUAAUGAAGCCUACUUAUUGUUUGAAUGCUUUCGAUAUCAUUUCUCUUUCUCCUGGUUUUGAUCUCUCUAGCUUGUUCGAGAAAGAUAAGAGUCAUAGGUCGGAUGCUAGAUUCACGACACAAAAGUCUGCAUCCACUAUUGUCUCGAGGCUAGAGGAAGUAGCUUCAAUGGGUAGUUUUAAGGUGAAGAAAAAAGACGGGACGGUGAAAAUGCAAGGAAGCAAAGAAGGGAGAAAAGGGCAAUUAGCAAUUGAUGCAGAGAUAUUUGAGAUUACUCCAGCUUUCCAUGUUGUACAAGUGACAAAAAAAUCAGGAGAUACUGCAGAAUACACGAACUUUUGUGAUCAAGGAUUAAAGCCUUCAUUAAAAGAUAUAGUUUGGACAUGGCAGGGCAAUGAGCAACAACACGUGGAAAAUCAAGAAAUCAAGACUUAA